AUCCAACAAUGUCUCCCCCCGUUCCAUCGUUUAAAGUAGACGGUACUGCCACGGGUAUGAUCAUCCCGGUAUCAAAGGGAACGUAUUUCAACACGAAAUGGGUGCCGAAGCAGGUCCAGUUAUGCCCAUAUGACAUGUUGUACCACCCUCCAGACUAUAACCCUAAGGCCGCGCGAUCCGACCGCCAGGAACCCAAGAUCAUAAGGAGGAAUAUAUGGGACCAGGAAUAUCACAAAGGCAUACCUUCAACAUCUCAUUUUGUCCUCGGCCGACCGAAGUGGAAAAUACUCGACGUUCCAACCAAGGAAUUUGUUAAAAUACAAGUGACAAACGAGAAUCCCCACACCCGGAUUUACAACGUGCUGGAGUGGGCCGUUCUACUCAACGAAGGGAAAAAUCUUUGCGAAUAAAUCAUACGCCGAUGUAAUGAAUACCAGAAGCCAC